UCCAUUUCUCUCUCACCGGGUCACCUCCAUCUCCUCUGUCUCUCAGUCUCGCACACAUACAGAGCCACCAGAAAAAUGAGCGCUUUUGAGCUUCCCUCCUUUUCUCUCGGGCUCGAUUCGGACUCCGAUUCGGACCCUCCGAACCCUAACCCACCCCAGAAUCCUAUCCUCGACGAGGUGUCUCCGGUCAGCGACGGAGGGGAAGAGCUGGAACCGCAAAUCGAGGACCCGGGUCGCGAAAACAGCACCGGCCCGCCGCGGGCCUUGAAGCGGCUCAGGCACGGCCUGCCCACCGAGUCGGAAUGGAGCUCCGCUCGUCCGUAUCCCGACACGUACGUAGAUGACGAAAUCGAAGAGUUCUCGUCCGAUGAAACAAUCAAAGAUGAAAUGGCAUCCAUCCAGAUUCACUCAGUGGGCAGCAGUUCAAAGGUUCCACUGUGUGGACGUUGGGUUAACAAUGCACCUUCGUCAAGCCGCUUCAAAGCCAUAAAAGGGGAACAAGUUUCAAUUGACCACUCUGCCAGAUUGAGAGGGAGCUAUGACAUACCCACGUUAAAACAAACUACUUUAAGUCCUCUUCGAAGGUUUCACUUGAUUGAUUCGGAUUCUGAUAGUCCAUCCACCAGUGAACAUGCCAAUGAAGAAGCUGAUAAGGCGAAGGUAUCCUCCAAAGAGAAAAGCGAAGUUGCUGAUCAUAAACUCGGAAGUCAAGAGAGGAGAAAACUCCCAUCUUAUUGCGUUCCUAAGAAUGAGGAUCUAUGGAGAGAUUUUCAUCCAACAAAGAGCUUUCAGAUACCAACCCCAGCUCUGGAUGAGGUUUGCGAAGAAUAUUUCCUCUCGCUGAAGAGUGGGAACAAACCUCCUCAACCGGCGGCUCAUUCAAACAACAAUGAUAAAAGCUGUCAACAGACAAGAAAUAGCAGCCAAAGUAUUGAGCCUCGCUGUGAUUCGAAUGACAACUUACCUCCUUCUCAUCGAUACUUUUUUCAUGAUAAUCCAAGUAUUCAGAGCUUAGUCCGCAGUCGUCUACCUCACUUUUUCCCUCUCGGUGGUGCCAAUAGUAGCAAGCAGCCAUCGCUCAUCGAUUACAUGAGUCAAUUUGCGAAUGGAGAAUCUUCUCAAAAGCAAGCACUACGGAAAACUGAUUCUAAGAAAAGCUCAAAGGGGAGAAAUAAAUCAAAAGCUCACAGUGCUGAAGAAAUCACAAGCACCAGAAGCUGGGUGAACCCCAAGGACACUUCAACUCCGCAGAAUGCUGGGAAAAGACGAGUUCAUGCUGAUGGAAAAUCCACAGGGCAUUGGUAUACUGCAGCUGGUGGGAAGAAGGUUUAUGUCACUGCAACUGGGGAGGAGUUGACAGGUCGAGGUGCCUACAGACAUUACAGAAAGGAGAAUCGAAUGGCAGUUAAAAAGUCAAAGAAGAAAUCCAAGGCCAAGAAGGGCAAGAAGGGCAAGAAAGGUUGACGCUUGGAUUAACGUUGAGCUUUGUAGGCGUUGCUUGUAUUAAGAAGCAAUGUAUACUUCAUACACAUUUUUACUUCAAAUUUGAAGGUCAAUUUU